AAGUACUUGUCUACGACAGUUUUGGCGAUGAGCGAGAAUGGUACGCCAAGCCAAGAAGCUUAGAGCUAAAUCUCGGUGCAACAGUGCAUCUAAUUAAUCUAAUCUCAGAUUCUCACACGUGCAUUCUUUGCUUCAAACCGGGUGCUUGCUCUGUGACUGCACUUACUGUAUAGUUCUUGAACGGCACCUGCUUUCUAAUGGCCCGCAGGCUCAUUUCCAGUGAUCAUACCUGACUAACGAAGAAACCAAUAUUUCAUGGAUUCGCGGUCAUCAUCGUCCGAACGCUAAGUUCCCCACAGUGCUCCUAAGGUGAACUCUGGGGAGGAAAGUGCUCAAGGGUGUUGCGAACUUCAAGGCUUCAAGUUUCGGUUCUCUCGUAAGUAAGUCACCCGUUAUUUAUCAUGGCUGCGUGAUGUAAUUCGGCAUGCUGGUGUCUGCAAGUCCAAGCUUUCGUGACAUUGAUAUCGCAUUGAUGAGAAGUGGCUUGAAUUUCCUAGGCUUUGACCUGCGUUGACCUUGCUUUGGUCUUCGGCCGCGAAGCCAAGUAUUCACACAUAGCAACCAUGUGAUGAACUACUAUAGUGGCUCCAAUGCAUUGACCUCACUCAAAGUGCAUAAAUAGCUUGUGUACAUCUUCACCAAAAUAACCAACACGCCAUCUCCACCUGUGCUCUUCAGCUUCAGUGUUGUUUACUCAAGCUCGCCGUCUACGAUGUCCGAAUACGUCCGAAUGCAUCCCGAUGGUAACCAUUCUUUAAUACGGUGCCCUGAUCUGGCAUGUGAUACACAAGUUGCAAGAUUUGAGGAUUGGCUAGCGCACGUUCGGACGCACGUCAUGGAUGGGAGGGAUAGCACCGCUUGCCCGUGGAUGGGAUGCGACCGCAUAUAUCAGCGUCGACAUAAACUCUACGAACACGUCAAAUCACACAUUGGAUUUAAUGAUCGCAUAUGUCUGCAUUUGACUGAUUCGCGGCCAGAAAAUAGAGUGCGCUGCACCUACAGCACUUGUUAUUCCCAUUCUCUCGGCAUACACAGGAGCACUGUUCAUGGUUACGACAAGGACUUCCGAACUUCCGUCGACCCUUACGUUGAUGACCUCUCUCAGGACCUUGAGAAUGUUGUGCUCUCAGGUGGAAAUAUUGAGCGGGCGCGAAACCCAGCGGGAGGUGACCGCCGUUACGAUGGCGAUGGCGGUAACCCCCAUUUCCAACCUGAGGAUAUUAAGGCUGAACCGGAGGACCUGGAUGUUCCAGAACCCGGUAUUGGUGUUGAGGGAGAUGGAGCACCAGUUGCAGCUAUGCCGAUGAAUGGACCCGGUAUCCCUGGACCUGCUGGACCCAUGCACAACAUGUUCGGCCAGAACCUUCCCGAUGAAAACGCUAACCCCUGGAUUCCAUAUCUUCCGCAGCGAGGUCAAAUUUAUAGGGUUCGCCGCAGAAGCAUUAUUACCUACACUCCUCGCGUUUUCUGGCAACUUGAAUUUAUCGCGCAAGACUUCGGAAUGUACCGUCGCAUAGUUCGCAACAUCGAGCAUCGAGAGGUUGUGUACGAAAUUGCUCCUGUAAUAUUCUAACAGAAUGUUCAGCAAGUCUUCUAGUGGGGUUAUAGGAAGUUUACUUCCACCUAGGUUCCGAUGGAUUUUGACUGCCUAUUCUCUCUUCACUUCUCUGAUACCCCCCUCUCCUCAGAAAUCUGUAUAAUACGACGCUCCUUUGCAUUGUCCGUAUGAUAUCUCCGAACACUUAGAAGUAUGGUUAUCUUGAUAUCUCUCGUGUCUGUAACUCCCUAUCAUCAAGCAAGAAUUUAACGAUCUUGGAAGAGUUC